AUGGAGAGAGAUUCAUUGCUUCAAACCCUUGUGGGGGCCGUUUUGGGUCACAGCAACGAGCACAGAAAGCAAUGUGAACAACAAUUGAAAGAACUUGAGAAACAUCAAGGGUUCACUGCUUAUUUACUUGAUCUCUUGAGUGAAAGUGACCCAGUGGUUAGACUUGCUGCUGCCAUUGUUUUCCGGAUCCGGGUCGGUAGAUGCUGGGUACCACAAGGUGGCAGUGGUGGAAGAGCAGCUGCCAAUGAUCUGGGGGCAAUUCUGGACCAAGAAAAGACACUUAUUAAAACCAAAUUGAUUGAGUCAUUAUUAAAAGUUAGUAAAGAUCAUAAGCUCAGAGCCCAAUUAACAUUAGCUUUAAGUUCCAUUUUAAACAAUGAAAAAUGGUCAGAAAUUGAAGAUAUCAUCAAAAGUUUAUUAUCAGAUGUCAAUAACACUGACCAUUUAUAUGUUGGUUUAAUGGUUUUAUUUGAAUACUCCAAAUGUUAUAGAUGGAGUGAUAAAAUGCCCAAUGAGGGGGCAAACCCAGUAUUAGAAAGUAUCGCUACAGAGAUCUUCCCCUAUGUGGAGAAUAUAGCCAAACAAUUACUUUCUCAAGAUACUUUAUUAAGUGACGAAAUGUUAUAUAUGAUCCUCAAGAUCUAUAAAUAUGUCACCUAUUCCGACAUACCAUUAUAUUUGGUAGACAACCCAACCAAUUUGGGUAAUUGGUGUCAAUUACAUCUUAACAUCAUCAAUGCUCCCUUACCUAAAAUUGUCAUAGAAUUGGAUCCUGCUGAUCGUCCUUUACAUCCCAGAAUUAAAGCUAUUAAACAUUCCUUUGGUAACCUUGAACGAAUGUUACGUUUACAUGCUGCUACUGGAAGAAAGAAAGAUUUCAAGUUUGCCCAAGUCUAUAUGAGUGCUAUAGUACCUGAUAUUGUCAAUAGUUACUAUAAAGUCAUUGAGCAAUGGUCAUCUAAACAACUUUGGCUUUCAGAAGCUUCUGUUUUCCAUUUAACCAACUUCCUUGAACUGUUAUUGGAUAGUGAAGGUUGGACCUUGAUCAAAGAUCAAUUGGAUGCUAUUCUUAGACUAUUAAUUAUUCCAACAUUAUCUGCAAGUGAAACCAGCAUUGAACUUUAUGGAGAUGAUCCAGAAGAUUAUAUUAGAAGAUAUUUGGAUAUUGGUAGAUUCUGGUCAACUGCUGAUAUUGGAGCUGAUAACUUCAUUUUUAGACUUAGUUCUAAAAGAUUUGAUGCGAGUGUUAAUUUACUCUUGGCUGCCGUAAGUGAUAUCUUUAACAAAAGAGCUGCCAAUAGAAAUGAUUUAGAAGCUGCUAAACACGCUGAAGCUGCCAUUAGAAUUCUUUCUACUAUUUCGACUAGUUUAGAAAAGAAUUCAUCUCCAGUUAAAGGUCAGUUGGAUAAAAUUGCCCAUACCUUUAUUGUUCCAGAAUUACUGCAAGAUACUAUAUCCAAUACUCCAUGGUUAACUGCUAGAGCUUGUGAUUUCUUUGCAUGUGCCAUCAUCAAUUAUCCAGAUCAAUCAGUAGUGCAAGAUGUCUUUCAAGGUAUAGCCUAUUGUGCACAACAAGCUGAUCAUUUACCAAUUCAAAUUAAAGCCUUUGAUGCUUUGGGUCAACUAGUACCUGAACCAUACGUUGCAGCCCAAGUUGCACCUCAAGCUCCACAAUUAAUGAAUACACUUUUGGAGUUAUCCAAGAAGUUUGAAAGUGAAAUCUUAAAUGAUGUUAUGGACAUUAUAGUUGAAAACUUCCCUGCUAAUUUGGAACCUUAUGCCAAUGAAUUAAGUUCUAAUUUAGUGGCUCAAUUUAUGAAAUUGGCUGGUGAAAUCCUCGAAAAUAGUUCCAAUUCAGGUAUGAGUUAUGAAAUAAGUGAACCCUCUGGAUCAUCUGAAAUCGAUAUUGAAAAGGAAUCUCAAGCCACUGGUGUAUUGGUUACUUUAAGUACAUUAGUGAAAUCCAUGAGUCAUAAUCCAGAGGUUGCAACUAAUUUGGCUCAUAGUUUAAAGGGAGUACUUGAAUUUAUACUUGAAAAUGCCAUGGUUGAAUUUUUAGCCAGUGCUAUUGAACUUAUGAAGAUAAUUGUUGACACGGGUAAAACCGUUUUACCUGUGAUUUGGGAGUUAUAUGAUAUUUGCCUUGGAUCAUUCCAAACUUAUGGAUUUGAUUAUUUUGAUGCCUUUGAAAUGUUUUUUGAAGCUAUAAUUAAUCAUGGGUUCAUCAAGGAGGACAUUAAAAUGGAUUCACCAAGAGUUCAAGGACUUUUCCAAAUCUGUUUGAAGAUUAUUGGCAAUGCAGAUGAUUCUGUUAAUACUUAUGAUGCUGAAAUUGCCUUUUCUUUAAUUGAAUUAAGUAUUUUGGCAUUAGGUGAACGAAUUAGAUCAUCAAUUCCUGGGUUAAUGUCUCAAACGUUUGAUAUCUUUAAAAGAAUGGAGAAUAAUGAUGUAUUCGAUGGUGAAAUGUUGGAUCAUUUAUUGGUGCUUCGAGUCUUUUUUGCUUGUAUUUAUAUUGACGCUUCGGCUUCUUUACAAGUAUUGGCUUCGAACCAAUUUCUUCCUUCAUUUUAUAAAUUAUGGAUUAAAAAUAGUGAAGAUUUCAGAAGUGUUCAUGGUUGUAAGCUCCAGAUCUUGGCUAGCGGGGCCAUAUUGUUUAAUUCUUCAGCAUUAUCGUUCGUGCCAAAGGAAUAUGUUAGUGAAACCGUUGACCUUUUAUUGGAUAACCUUGAAGCCUUACCUGGAGCCAUUAGGGCUCGUGACGCUUUACUCACUGAUGGCAAUCCAAGAGCAGCAAGUGAUUACACAGAAGGAGCUUACUAUGAUGACUUUAAUGAUGAUGCUGAAUUAGAAGCUAGCAAAAUAACUCCAUUGGAAAAUGUAGAUGCUGGUACAACAGCAGUUCAUUCCAUUGUAACCUUACAAUCGAAUGAUCCUCAACAUUUCCAAGCUGUAUUUGGCUACAUAAGUGAUAAGCAGAAGGACUUUUUACAACGUAUUAGUCAACGGCAAUAA